GAGAGGGAAAUGAACUGCACUGGUUGCACUCAUGGUCAAUUGUGCUGUGUGACAGUAGAACCAAAUCAAUGUGUUGAUGAAUGUGAUGGUAAUUGCCGUGCCGAUAUUUGCGAUGACAAUGAGAGGGAAAUGAACUGCACUGGUUGCACUCAUGGUCAAGUGUGCUGUGUGAGAGAGGAGAAAAAUCAAUGUGUUGAUGAAUGUCAUGGUAAUUGCCGUGCCAAAAAAUGUAAUCGGAAGGAGAUUGAAGUAAACUGUGUUGGCUGCACUUAUGGUCAAGUGUGCUGUGUGAGAGAGGAGAAAAAUCAAUGUGUUGAUGAAUGUCACGGUAAUUGCCGUGCAAAAAAAUGUAAUCGGAAGGAGAUUAUAGUAAACUGUGCUGGCUGCACUUAUGGUCGAGUGUGCUGUGUGAGAGAGGAGCCAAAUCAAUGUGUCGCUGAAUGUCAUGGUAUUUGCCGUGCCAAGCGAUGCAAUAGGAACGAGAAUGAGGCGGACUGCACUGGUUGCACUCACGGUCGAGUGUGCUGUGUUGAAGAAAAUGUAAUCGGAAGGAGAUUAAGGUGGACUGCAUUGGUUGCACCCAUGGUCGAGUGUGCUGUGUGAAAGUAGCAUAAUCAUGAAUGGGA